GAAAGACCGGAAGAUCUGUAUGUAGUUGCUUAUCUGCCUUUCUUCAAUUAAAGCUGAUGCUUUUUUAUAUUAGAGUUAUACAUUUUUAAUUCACUUGUAUAGCUGAUGCACACAAUGCUGUCCUUGGAUUUCCUAGACGAUGUGCGGCGGAUGAAUAAACGCCAGCUCUACUACCAGGUCCUGAACUUUGGAAUGAUUGUUUCUUCAGCCUUGAUGAUCUGGAAAGGCUUAAUGGUGGUUACAGGCAGUGAAAGUCCUAUUGUGGUUGUCCUCAGUGGGAGUAUGGAGCCGGCUUUCCACAGAGGAGACCUUCUGUUUCUUACCAACAGAGUCGAAGAUCCCAUCCGAGUUGGAGAAAUUGUUGUCUUCAGGAUAGAAGGAAGAGAGAUCCCAAUAGUACACAGAGUCCUCAAAGUGCAUGAGAAGGAAAAUGGAGACAUUAAGUUUUUGACCAAAGGUGACAAUAAUGCUGUAGAUGACAGAGGUCUGUACAAGCAGGGACAGCACUGGCUGGAGAAGAAAGAUGUGGUGGGGCGGGCUAGAGGGUUUGUGCCAUAUAUAGGAAUCGUUACUAUUCUCAUGAAUGACUAUCCAAAAUUUAAGUAUGCAGUUUUAUUUCUCCUGGGGCUCUUUGUACUGGUCCACCGGGAGUGAGGAGUCUGUUAUCUGGAUGUAAACCAUUGCUGCCAGGCUUAUUGCAGACCGUCUCUCAUGUUACAAAGAAAAAUUUUGUGUAAUUCAGUUUACGAUUAGAUUUCCUAACACUUGGGGUCAAAAUUUUAUCCUGGGCAGUUUGAACUCAGGAUCCAAGUUAAAAAAAAAUAAAAAUAAACAAAAAGAAACAUUAUUUUGUCAUACUGGGACAUCAUUUCUCUCAAAAUUAAAGCUGUGGUCUGUAAUAUUUAUGCAUUUACCGACUCUUGUUAACUUAAGUAUAUGUUUCUAAAAGCUUUUUAAAUGGCCAACUCUGGAAUCAGUUCAUUAGUCAUGUUUUUUUCUUUGAAAAUCAGCGAGUGUUUUUAUAUUAAAAGCUAAAGCCAGGGUCUUAAUAAUUUUAUUGGAGAUAUUCCCCACCCCUGCUCCGAAGGGCUAGCGCACUGGGGUUGCAUUACUCUGUCGAUACAAGUCAGUCGUUGCAGCUUUUGACCAGUAUCAAACUGCCAUUAAAAGCACCACACAGGCAAUGUUGUCCCCAGGUUAUCAAAUAUGAUGGGCCAAAACACAAAUAAAAUAAUUUGCAUAUU